CACAUUUCUGACAUCAGGAUCAGAUUAUUAUUGGAAGAGGACGAUCAAGUUUCCAUUUAUAAGUGGUAAUGUUUUUAUCCGGCUUAUCCAAGGAUUAUGUGUGCUUCAUUCACAACCUGUGGCUCCAUUGUGUCUUUAAGUGUUUAUAAAGUGAGUUUUUGUGAUUUAGAGUGGAAGACAUGAUAUAUAACUUCUGUGCCGAGUUUUAAAAGUGUUGCUUAUGGUGAUCGAACUACCCAAAACAACAAAUGCCAGGAUGGGCAACGCAGGUUCUUCUCGACAAAGUACGUUACACCAGAGAAUUAAACAGUAUCCUGUAGACAGCAUGAAAAUGCCCAUGCCUGAGCAGAAUGAAUUGGAAAAACGAUUUACGAAAGUUCUGGCGUCAAUGGAUUUACCACCUGACAAAGUGAAACUACUGAGGCAAUAUGAUGAUGAAAAGAAAUGGGACAUGAUAUGUGAUCAGGAAAAAGUCAUGGCUAAAGCAUCUCCUGCAUUUUAUCUGCGAAAACUUAAGACAUAUCUUGACCCAAAAGCUUCUAGAAGAGCCCGUAUGCGCAAAAUUCUCGGUGAUGCUACGUCAACACAAGUUUUAAGAGAUUUAGAAAUAUCUUUGAGAACUAACAACAUUGAGUGGGUUAGAGAAUUCCUCAAUGAAGAAAAUAUGGGGCUUGAUGUUUUAGUCAAUUAUUUAUCAUUUCGUCUUCUAAUAGUUAGGCAUGAACAAAUUGUAAGCCAAGCUAACCAUGAAGAAGGAGGGGAAGUAGUAUCAAAUGGAAAUGCAAUAGGUGGCAAAAAUAGACCUCUUCUUCAUGUUGAGAGCUUAAAAGUGCGAAGAGCAACAAAACACAUAGCCAAAUUAAACAUGGGUGAAGCAAAAGAUGACAUUCAUGUGUGCAUCAUGUGCUUAAGAGCCAUAAUGAACAAUAAGUAUGGCUUCAAUAUGGUAAUUGAGCACACUCAAGCUAUCAAUUGUAUUGCUCUAAGCCUGAAUCACAAAAGUUUGCGAACUAAAGCAUUAGUACUUGAACUUCUUGCUGCCAUUUGUCUAGUGAAAGGUGGACAUCAAAUUAUUUUGAAUGCAUUUGAUAAUUUUAAAGAAGUUUGUGGGGAAAAGAAAAGAUUUCAAACAUUAAUGGACUAUUUUAUAAAUUAUGAAGUUUUCAAUAUAGAUUUUAUGGUUGCAUGUAUGCAAUUUGUGAACAUUGUCGUCCAUUCAGUAGAAGAUAUGAAUUUUAGAGUCCAUUUACAAUAUGAAUUUACUCAAAUUGGUUUGGAUGAUUAUUUAGAAAAGCUACGACAAACUGAGAGUGAAGAACUACAAGUGCAAAUUUCUGCAUAUUUAGACAAUGUAUUUGAUGUUGGUGCUCUUAUGGAAGAUUCUGAAACGAAGAGUGCAGCAUUAGAACAAGUAGCAGAAUUGGAAGAACAGCUCUCUCGUGCAAAUGAACAGAUCCAAGAAAUGGAAAAUGAGCUUAUGGCAAGAUUGGUGGAGCUUGAAACUCAUCUUGAAACUGUCAUUAGGGAACGAAAUGAACUUCUGGAAAUUCAUAAGCAAACUGAUGAAGAAUUAAAUACAUUACGAAGAGCUGUUUCUCAAAAAGAAGAGGAGUCACGUCAAAGGCAAAGUCUGCUUGAAUCAAAAAUACAAGAAUUAGAAGUUUUACAGAAUACUCUUCCAAGAGGUGCCACAAUGAAUACUACAACAAUGGAUGGACGAGCUCCUGUUAUGUCACAGGCUAUGCCGCCCCCUCCUCCUCCACCUCCACCACCACCUCCAAUGAGUGCUGUACCUCCACCUCCUCCUCCACCCCAAAUGUUAAAUAAAGCACCUCCUGGUCCACCACCAAUGCCUGGUAUGAUGCAGGCACCACAAGAUGCCAUGACAAUCAAAAGGAAAUUCCAAACCAAAUAUAAAUUGCCAACCCUUAACUGGAUAGCACUCAAGCCUAACCAAGUAAAAGGGACAAUAUUUAGUGAACUUGAUGAAGAUAAAUUGUACAGUAUUAUUGAUUUUGAAGAAUUUGAAGAACACUUCAAACUGGGUAUACAGGGAGCUUUCUCAGAUCGCAAUGAUGAAAUUAAUGGAAGCAAAAGGUUUAAAGUUCCUGAGAAAGUUACCUUGUUAGAACAUAAUAGGUUAAGAAAUAUGGCUAUAUCCAGACGUAAAGUAGAACUUCCUUGUGAUGUUGUUGUAAGAGCUAUUAAUGCUUUGGAUUUAACAACUUUAUCCCAGGAGUUUGUAGAGAUACUUUUAAGAAUGGUGCCAACAGAAGCUGAGAUGAAAGCUUACAAAGAGUAUGAGAGAAAUCGAAAGCCAGUAGAUGCAUUAACAGAUGAAGACAAAUUUCUCUUCCAAUUAUGUAAGGUGGAAAGAUUGUCCCAGAAAUUAAAUAUCAUGAGCUAUAUGGCAAGCUUUAUGGAAAACAUCCAACUUAUAACGCCGCAAAUUCAUGCUGUUAUUGCUGCAUCUAGAUCAAUAAAAAAUUCCAAGAAAGUAAAGAAACUUCUUGAGGUUAUUUUAGCGUUUGGUAAUUACAUGAACAGCUCAAAGCGUGGCCCUGCAUAUGGCUUCAAACUCCAGAGUUUAGAUAUGCUGGCUGAUACAAAAACUGCUGAUAGGAAGAUUUCACUUCUUCAUUACAUAGCAGAGACAGUAAAGCAGAAGUUUCCAGAAAUCUCAAACUUUGACAGUGAAUUAAGGUUUAUAGAAAAAGCAGCAUCAGUAUCUAUGGAAAAUAUUCUGACUGAUGUCCAUGAACUGGAAAAAGGUAUGGACCUCUGCAAAAAAGAAUUGCAGUUGAGACGGGAUGCACGUGAUGCAGCAGUUCUUAAAGACUUCAUAGGUAACUCAGAAGAAAAACUUCGAAAAAUGAAGAAUGAAGCAAAAACUGCUCAGGAUGCUUAUUCCGAUUGUGUGGAAUAUUUUGGUGACAGCACUCGAUCUAUUGCUGCUAACACCUUUUUCUCGCUUUUUGUUCGCUUCACAAAAGCAUAUAAGCAAGCUGAACUUGACAAUGAAGCAAGAAGAAGGCAACAGGAAGCAGCAGCAAGGGAGAGUGAAAAGAAUGCUGCAGAAAGUGUAUCAAAAAAGAAUAGUUUAAAUUCAAGAAAAAACAAUCAAGAAGCUGUGAUUAAUGAAUUGAAAAGCAAAACUAAGCAAGUGAAAGAAACUCGUUUGCUUAAACAAGAUGAAGUAUACAAUGGAGCUUUAGAAGAUAUUUUACUUGGUUUAAAAAGUGAACCAUAUCGUCGUGCAGAUGCUGUUCGCAGAAGUCAGAGACGAAGACAAGAAAAUAUUCGAUUGUCGCAUACAAUGGAUGAAUUAGACUUUUGAAAUGUUGAUUAAAUUUUAGUUCCAAAUUGAGUACCUUAAUUUGACUUGGUGAUUCAAUAAUGUGCCAUUUGAUAUUUUUUGUUGUUGUAUUUAUAGAUGGCUAGUUCAUUAGCUUAUUUUUUAUUUUUCAUUCAGGUAGACAAAUGUGGUUGACAAUAUUUUUGUAUAAUUGUAUUCUUUAGAUUGCAGUUUUGGAAGAUUUUUCUCCUUUGUUUAAAUUAAAAUAUUUUUAUAGUGACUUUUAUUUUUAGUUUACCUCAUAUUAUCAAAAAAUACCUUGCUAACUGCUAUAUAAUUAUAGACCGCAGUAAUUAUUUUCCUAGAAAUUUUUUAAAUAUUAACAAAAGUAAUAAAUUAUAAUUGAAAUUGACUUUGUUUUUAAUUAUUAUCAGUGUAACUACUGGAAUUUUUAUACAAUGAAUGUUUAAUCCAGUGUUCAAUUCAAAUCAGAUAAUGACUUGUUUUAUGCCUCUUUGUUGACUGAAUGCAUUUAAUAUGCUGUAAAAACUGUAUCUUGAUAUUUAAGAAUGUUAUAAUUUGUGUGAUAUUGACUAAUAGGGAAUUAAAAUGAGGUGGAUAUUUCUUCCCCUUAAAGGACAACUUAUUGAUGUAAUUAUGAAGUAAUUAUCAUCUGGUAUAAAAAUUUCACCUCUUUAAAGAAAGGGGAAAUAUUUUUGACUUGGAAUCAAAAAUGCUCAACUAAAUCAAAGUAACUAUUGGAAAAUUUCUGUAUAUUUUAAAAUAUUGUUAAGUAUUUCAAGAAAUUUUUAGUUAAAUUUCUUUAAAAAGAUAGGAAAUUCAUAGAAAUUCAUUAUUUCCAUUGAUUAUAGUUUAAAUUGAAGGAAUCCUGAUAUGAACAUUCUAUUUUUAUUGACAACUUCAUAAAUUUUGAAAAUAUUGUGAAUCUUAUUGAUGCAAUCUGAUUUCAGUAUAAUCAGUGAUUCAGCUUGAUUAUUUUUUAUACUUUAUAACAAAAUAUUUUUUUAAAAUAUUAAAUUGAAGUCAUUUUAACUGUAUCUGCCUUUUCCAAUUAGUCAUAAUGUAUAAUAUAUGCAACAAAUUGUGUAUACUAUUUUUAAUGAGAGUGCAAUUGUAUAUAGCCAUAUGUAAUAAAUAUAUUUGAUCAUUGAAACAUAUUUACAUUUAGAUAUGCUUUAUAAGUGCCUGGAAACUGUUUUGUUUCAUAAUGUGUUGUAGUAUAAUCUGUACAUAGUGCUUUUCUCAUUUAGUGGUGCUGAGAUCGUAAUCAUUUUUGUCAAGACUUAUUUAAGAAAUCAAAUCUGUUAAUUUGCUGUGUUUACUCUCCCAGUUAACUACAGUUGUUGACUAAAGCCAAAGUGAUUGUUUCCUUCAUUUUAUUGGUAUUAUAUUUACUAUUUUUUCUAGAUUAAGUGUUGCAUAUUUUUCUGGUGGUAAUUAAUGGUGUUCAGGAAAAUUCAUUAAAGGAUACAAGUCUUGUUUUUGAUCAUAAUAUAUUCAUUCUGUAAAUAAGAGUCCAAAAUUCAUAUAUGGGCACCUAAACAUUUUUUUUUUUUUUUCCUUUCUAAUGAUAUGUAUAAAGGGGAAAAAAAUUGAAAGUAUAUCAGAGUUUUAUGAAAUGUUAUUCAAAUAUUUUUAAAGAAUGGCUUGUUAAUAAUAUUGGAUAUAGCGUAAUGCCUAAUAUUGAAAUUUUGAAUGCUGUGCAUCAGAAAGUUCUGAUAAAUUUUGAGACAGUUUUUGUCUGUGAUAAGGAAAUUCUCAUUUUUAUAUUGGAUGUUGACUGUAUGACUGAAAAUAAUAAGUCUUGUUAGGCUAUAGUUUUCUAAGAAAGGUCCACUUGUAGUUUCUUAUAUAAGAAUUUUAAAAAAAUUAAACAGAUAUACAGAAGUAAAAUUUAUAAUCUUAAUUUUUUUAAUGUUACUAUUAAAGUAUUUUCCUUAUUUGGAUUUAUUAAGGAAAUAUAAUAUUUAGAUUUUUUUUCCAUCUUAAUUGCAGUCUAUUGGCAUACAUUUCUGAAAUAGUAUUUUUUUUUAUAUGAAGACAUACACAUAAUUUGUUUGUCUAAAGUAAACACUUUAUUUAAUGCUUAAACACUUUUUUUUAAUGCUUAAUCAAUAAGAUUCAAAUGAAAUUUGUACUUAUAUACUCAAACUAAUUACAGAUGAUUUUAAAUGAUAAUAUUUAUAUUUUCCUUCCUGUUUUAAAUAAUUUUGUCAGAUGUUGGUAUUUUUAGUAGAUCUUUUAUUUACCCAAUUUUUUUUAAAGAAUUUUUAUUGAUCUCAUUUAAAGAAACUAGGAUAAUAUUUUUUUAAAAAAAGUUUUGGAUUUAUUUAUAAAUGAACUGAAAUUUUUUACUGUAUUUCACAUAAGAAUUAAAGAUAUGGGACCACUGGAUCUUUUUGUUAGUUUUUGUAUGAUUUUACAACUUCAUGCCAUUGACUUUCUAAUGCUCAUUCUUUUGUGUAAUCAUGGAUCAGUCACAAUAUUAUUUGUGAAACAAAGUGCCUAUUUUAAAGUUUUUGCUUUUAUCUACAAUUUUGGAAAACUAUAACUUUGAUAAAGAGGAUAUUUUUAUUUUAGAAUACUAUUGCCUAUACUAUAUAUAUUUGUAAAUUUGUUUAAAUAAAUGAAUUUUCACUA